GAGAAACUGAAGCUUACGGCCAUUUUAAAAACGGAGGAGGAAGAAACCCUAGGAAAGAAGGAAUAAAAUUAAAUGUAAAAAACGGAGUAAGCAGUCUGUUGUGGAGUGGAACUGAGGUCUGCCAAUUUGGGUCAGAACCCACUUGUGAAUCUGAUCUGGUGUGUUCAGGUGUCCUGAGACAGGGGGCGCUGUUUCAAAAAUGAGUUCCUCAGAGGAGACUGAGACUGACGAUGGAACCCACGGCCUUGCGAGAAAGAGGGUCCAGGUAGAUAGGGCUGGGUCACGUGUACCCAGCUGUCUGUCUAUGAAGAGUGACCGUUCAAUGGAUCGUCCAGUCUACUUCAGUGGAGAGUUCAAAGGUGAUCAAAGGGUCCAGGUAGAUAGGGCUGGGUCACAUGUACCCAGCUGUCUGUCUAUGAAGAGUGACCAUUCAAUGGAUCGUCCAGUCUACUUCAGUGGAGAGUUCAAAGGUGAUCAAAGGGUCCAGGUAGAUAGGGCUGGGUCACGUGUACCCAGCUGUCUGUCUAUGAAGAGUGACCGUUCAAUGGAUCGUCCAGUCUACUUCAGUGGAGAGUUCAAAGGUGAUCAAAGGGUCCAGGUAGAUAGGGCUGGGUCACGUGUACCCAGCUGUCUGUCUAUGAAGAGUGACCGUUCAAUGGAUCGUCCAGUCUACUUCAGUGGAGAGUUCAAAGGUGAUCAAAGGGUCCAGGUAGAUAGGGCUGGGUCACGUGUACCCAGCUGUCUGUCUAUGAAGAGUGACCGUUCAAUGGAUCGUCCAGUCUACUUCAGUGGAGAGUUCAAAGGUGAUCAAAGGAUUCACUGCUCACUGGAUUUAAGUCGUUCAGAUGAGAUGAAUUCAGAGAAACUGUUCUUCACAAAGCAGGGCUCUCUGGUCCAGAGAGGAGGAGUUCCCGUACCAGACGGUGAUGUUCCCCAGCAGGAUUCUCUCAAUGGUUGCAGAGUAGAAGGUUUUCAGGAUCUUCUUGGAGACUCUGAAUUUCCUCAGCUGUCUGAGGUGAUCCAGGUGUUGCCUUGCCUUUCUCACCACAGUGUCGGUGUGCAGUGUCCAUGUCAGGUCCUCUGUGAUGUGGACACCGAGGUACUUGAAAUUUCUCACCCUCUCUACCGGUGGCCCAUUGAUCUGUAGAGGGGUGUCGGUCCUCAGCCGUUUCUUCUUACAGAAGUCCACCACCAUCUGCUUGGUUUUGCUGACGUUCAGGAAGAGACGGUUGUUCUGGCACCACAGUGACAGGUCUGCCACCUCCUGGAGAUAGGCCUUCUCGUCGUCGUUGGUGAUCGGGCCUACCACCACUGUGUAGUCAGCAAACUUGACAAUGGUGUUGGACUCAAACCGGGCCUCACAGUCAUUUGUGUACAGGGAGUACAGCAGCGGGCUCAACACACAGCCCUGGGGGGCUCCAGUGCUGAGGGUGAGGGGGUUUGAGGGGUGCUUACCCACUCUAACCACCUGGGGUCUGGCGGUCAGGAAAUGCAGUAUCCAGGCACAAACGGAGGUGUUCAGUCCCAGGUCAGUCA